AUGGUUUAUUUUGAUAUUUUCUUCAUUAUUUCUUCCUUUUUUACCCAUUCUGCAUUUUCCCCUUUUUCUGGUUAUUUCCUAUUUUCUAUACUGCCAUUUGGUUUUCUUUUUUUUUUUUUGCCCAUUAGGCAUUUUUCUAUUUUUUGCUCAUUUUCUGUUUUCUCCUUUUUUGUUCAUUUAAAAUUUUUUCCCUUUUGUCUUUCUCCUUUGUGGCCAUUCUUUUACUGUUCCUUUCUGUAUUUUGCACCUCAUUCUGUCACUUCUCCAUUUUGGCACAUUUUCUAUUUUUUAGUUUUUGCCUUUCAUAUUUUCUCCAUUUAUGCAGUUUAUUCAUACUAUUUUGUUUUCUUUUUUUGCCCAUUUUGUAUUUCUUUCUUGUCAUUUGCCUUUCCUCAUAACUUGACCAUUUUGCCUUCUCUUAUUUUGCACAUUUUUCCAUUUUCUCUUUUUCUGUUCUUUUCACCCUUUUUGUCUUUUGCUUUUUUUCUUCUAUCUUUUUUCUCCAUUAUUGACUUAGCACUUUUUAUUUCCUCCCAUUAUGCUCAUUUCUUAUUUUCUACCUUUUUCUUUUCCCACAUUUUCUCUCCUCUUUUUGUGCAUUUUUUUCUUUCUUUUUGUGCCUUCCCCACCCCAUUUCUUAUUUCCUCUUUUUGUUCUCAUUUUACAUUUGUUUUUCUCGCAUAUUGUAUUUUCUCACAUUUUUUUACUUUUUCUUUACUCAUUUUUAUCUUCUCUUUUUUUUUUGCCAAUUUCUGCUUUUUUAUGCCUUUCCUUUCUCUAUUUCCCUACCCACUUUUUUGGCUAUUUCAUAUUUCCAACUUUCUUUGGCUGGUUCACAUUUUCUUCCUUCCCAUUUCAUAUUUUCUUCACUUUUCAACCCCUUUGUUUUUGGUUAUUUUGUAUUUUUUGAACAUUUCAUUUUUCCCCUUUUGUGGCUUUUACAUAUUUCCCUUUCCUUUGGUCUAUUUCAUGUCCCCUCUUUUUGUUAUUUCAUAUUUUUCAUUUUUUUUCUGUUUUGUGUUUUUCAUUUUUACCCUUUGUUUACUUUUCUCUUUCCUUGCCUUCUUUUUGUCCUUAUUUUGCCUUCUGUUUGUGUCCUUUUUUGUCUUGCUUUUUCCUUACCUUUUCUUUUUGGCUAUUUGUUUCCUUUUCCCCAUCUUUGCUUUUUCUUUCUUUAUAUUCUUUACCUUAUCUUGUGUUUUCUUUUUUCUUUUCCCUUUUCAUUUUCCUGUUUUCUUUGUUUCUUUUGCCUUUUUUCUUUGCCUUUUUCAUUAUUUUUUCUUUCACAAGUUUUUUUAUAAUUUGUCCUUUUUUGUUUCCCUUAUUUUGUUCUUUUCUCUUUGCAUUUUAAUUUUUAGCCUUUCUAUUUUACCUAUUUCUUUUUCCCUUUUUCUUAUUUUCACUUUUUCAUGGAGUGUAAGAGGUCAAAUGUCAAUAGCUGAGCAACUGUUCAUUAAAAUGAAAUAA